AAGAGCCUCACAAUUCCUUUCCUUCGCUCUAUUAAGAAAGAUAAAUACCCAUCUUUAUCUCUUCCUCUUUUGAGCAAACAACUAGAAGAAGAUUUAUCCCUUAACAAUGGCCACAGUUACCUCUGCAGCUGUUUCUAUCCCAUCUUUCACUGGCCUUAAGGCAGCAGCCACAAGCAAAGUAAGUGCCCCUCUCAAGGUUUCAGCCUCUGGACUCCCAAAAUUGAGCAUCAAAGCCUCACUGAAGGACGUGGGUGCUGCUGUUGUGGCCACUGCAGCAAGUGCAGUCCUUGCUAGCAAUGCAAUGGCUAUUGAAGUUUUGUUGGGUGGUGGUGAUGGGUCACUGGCUUUUGUUCCAAACUCCUUCUCUGUAAGUUCUGGUGAGAAGAUUGUGUUCAAGAACAAUGCUGGUUUCCCACACAAUGUUGUGUUUGAUGAAGAUGAGAUACCAAGCGGUGUUGAUGCUUCAAAGAUCUCAAUGAGUGAAGAGGAUCUGCUCAAUGCCCCUGGAGAGACUUAUGCUGUGACUCUGACUGAGAAAGGGAGCUACAGCUUCUACUGUUCCCCUCACCAGGGAGCUGGCAUGGUAGGAAAGGUUACUGUUAAUUGACUUUGUGUGGGGCGACCCCAAGCGAACACCGCCUUCUUUGUGUUCAUCGUUUUACUGUUUUGAUAUUAUACUGGAUUUGAUCAAGCAUUCUCUUCUUUCUCGCUUA